GUAAGUUUUCAAAACACACAGGGAUGAAAGUUGAACAGCUGAUUAAAUAUAAUUCAGUGUGACUGUCUGAUACUCUUCACAGGUGAAAGGAUCCAUUCAUCAGGAUGGAGAAGGGGGUUGCAUCCUCUAAAGGAGAGGGCUUCCUCUCCAGGAUGGCUCUCAAUGACAACAAGGCUGGUAUGGAGGGUCUUGACAGGGACAGGAUCAACAAGAUCAUAAUGGAGUCGUCAAAGGGGUCAAGGUUUUAUGAGAACGAGUUGAAGAGAGAGCAGCAGGUGAACCAGCGCAUUGAGAAAAUGAUGCUACAAAAAGCCAAGAUCACAGAAGAACAGUUAAAGAAAGCACAGGCUCAGGUUGAACAGAUGGUUGCAGAGCUAGAGAGAAGUCGUGAUCUCAGCCGUCUGAUUGUACAUGUGGAUAUGGAUGCUUUCUACGCUGCUGUGGAGAUGAGGGACUGUCCCGAGCUGAAGGACAAGCCCAUGGCUGUAGGAUCCAUGAGCAUGCUGUCAACAUCGAACUACCAUGCCAGGAAGUUCGGGGUCCGAGCCGCCAUGCCUGGCUUCAUUGCAAAGAAACUCUGCCCCAACUUAAUUAUUGUUCCAAUCAACUUUGACAAAUACAGAGCUGUGAGUGAAGAGAUCCGUGAGAUUUUUGCAGACUAUGACCCUCAGUUCCAGCCGAUGAGCCUGGAUGAAGCCUAUCUGGAUUUCACAGAGCACCUGGAGCGGAGGCAGAGCUGGCCUGAAUCCUCACGAACACAUCGCUUCCGCACCAGCAGCACCACUAAAGGUGAAGAUCAGAUGGAUGUUUCCCUGGAGCCAGAGCAGAGGGACCUCUCUCCGGUCCUGUUUGAGGACAGCCCGAGCUCCUCGACCUGCUCCCCGGGCUCUGAAGCUGACGGUGCUUCUGGUGGUGCGUUUGAGGUGUUUGGGACAUCUGUUGAGGAAGCUGUGAGAGAGAUGCGCUUCAGAAUAGAGCAGAAGACCACGCUGACCGCCAGCGCAGGAAUUGCUCCAAACACGAUGAUUGCCAAGGUGUGCAGUGACAAGAACAAGCCAAACGGCCAAUACAGACUCCCCUCCACCAGAGAGGCAGUCAUGGACUUCAUCCAGCGCCUCCCAGUUCGCAAAGUCUCUGGCAUAGGAAAGGUGAGCGAGAAGAUGCUGAACGCUCUGGGCGUCAGCAGCUGUUCUCAUCUGGGCCAGCAGAUGGCGUUGCUGUCGAUGUUGUUCUCGGAGACGGCCUGGCAUCAUCUAUUGGAGGUUUCCCUGGGUCUGGGCUCUACACAUAUACAGAGGCAAGAAGAAAGAAAAAGCAUGAGCACAGAAAGGACAUUUAAGGAACUGAGUAAAGUCGAGGAGCAGUUUUCUUUCUGCAAAGAGCUCUGUGAAGACUUAGCAGGAGACAUGAAGAAAGAAGGUCUAAAGGGUAAAACAGUCACACUGAAGCUGAAGAAUGUCAACUUUGAGGUGAAAUCCCGGGCCCUCACUCUGUCGCACGGUGUGUCUACAGUGGAUGAGAUCUUUGCUGCUGCUAAGGACCUCCUGAAAACAGAAAUCGACAAUGAGGGACCCCAGCCGCUCCGCUUGAGGCUCAUGGGUGUGAGAAUCUCCGGCUUUGUCAGUUCGGAUGAUAAGAAGCCGCUGCAGAGGAGCAUCAUUGGCUUUCUUCAGCAAGGCAAGGCAGACUCUUCCCAAGGAAUGCAUCAAAAGCUUGAAAAAGAGCAUCUCAUAACUCACUCCUCCCUCCUGCCGCCUGAUUCUCUUUCCUCGGCGCAGAAGUGCCAGAGACAAGAGGGAGUAACCUGGGGGAGGGGCUUAGAGACCGGUGAGGAACCCAAACAGUCUUUCUUCCAAAGGGCUCAGGCCAAGAGACUGCGACUCCAGGAAGAAAAUGCAAUUACUCAAGAGGAAGGACAUGGGGAAAAUGCUUCUGUGAUUACUUCCAUAGGCACUGAUGCUGAAGAGGGUGUAGGAACAUCAACAAAAGCACACAGUACAGCCUCAGAUCUCCAGGAGAAAGACCCGGUCCCUCUCGCAGAGGCUUCCACAUCAGGCUGUGGCCUUACAGUGUCCGAGAGCCUCACCUGUCCCGUGUGUUUCGAGCAAGUGGAGACCACGGAUUUGAAUGUUUUCAACAAACAUAUAGACCAGUGUCUCAGUGGUGCCUCCAGAAAGCCAAACCAAUAUACAAUUUCUGACACAGAGUCAGAGUUGGACCUAGAGGGUGACCACAAGGAAUGUGAAGUGAUGCAGUCGAACAGAGAUGAUCUUCAGGAACACAGCUUGGAUUCUCUUCAAACGGUUUUGUUGAUCAGUGAUGACAACGAAACGCUGACCUCAGGACAGCCUCAGUCAUGUGACGAUAACGGCCCCGUCCUCAUCUGCCCAGUGUGUCAGCUGACUCAGGAUAGUGAUGACCUCACUGUCUUUAACCACCACGUUGACCUCUGCCUGAACCAGGAGGUCCUACACGAGCUUCGGGGGCACACAUCAUCUCCCAUAAAUCCACCCUCAGCUUUAAGCAGCAAGGCCAUAGACCGAGCCCGUCUCCUGUCAACACAAGCAAAUAAAGGCAAAACCAAAAGACGGGACUCGCCGUCUUCCCCUCCUUCUAAAAAGGCUAAAGGACUCGGCCCUCACACCAUCGACAAGUUCUUCAGGUGAUGCGUGGUGUCCACGUUUUCUUCAGGAAAUGAGAAGCCUUUUCCACAGGGAAGGUUUUCAUUGAACACAAAGCCAUAUUCAGUUUUUAAAAAGAGAACUGUACAUUCUAUGGAACAAUGAUCAAUGAAGCUAAGCAUUUGCACUGAUUUGCCUUAUUUACUUUUUAUAAGCCAUAACUAGACAAGAAUGUAAAGAUGACAAGAGACAAAUGUUGUUUUAUGUCUUGAACAUUAAUAGAAAUAUAUAUUCACAAUUCAUUGUCUAUUCUUGUUACCACUGAAGAUAAGUGUAAUGUGUUUGCAAAGUGGAUCAUGAAGCUAUUUAUUACAUGCUGAGGGGACACUUAGUUUUUAAUUUAUAUUCAGAAAAUUAUCUUAUUCAUAUAUUUUCAUUUCCAAUUGUAUUUAUUUCAUUUUCCAAUGAUCAUACAUUGAUCAUACAUGUUUAAAAAUGAAGAUAAGAGAAUCCUUCUAUCAUGUUUAUUGAAAUAAACUACUCUUCUGAUGAAA